AUGGCUGCAUCGGUGCUGGAGAUGUUGAAAGCCUCCAACUUUGCGAGUGUGGAGGACGGAGACAAUGUGACGGAAGGCAAGUUCGGCAUUCCCCGCUACAACGGCGACCCCACCAGGUAUCAGGAGUACGUCUUCCGGGUCAGGGCUCGAAUACGCAAAGAGAAGAAGAUUGACGAAAAGGAAGUGGCAAAGCUGGGUCCCUUGGGACUUCGCUUGCUUGAAGGCCUGACUGGGACGGCGUUCCGCGAGCUGGCCACCACCCUUCAGCCGAAGCGAGAACAGCAAGCGCGCGAGCUCUAUGAGGCUGGUGCAAUGGUGGGUGGAAUGAUGAGUCGUCAGCAUGGCGAGGGCAUGGCGCAGUUCGUGAUGCGUCGGAGAGCCUGGUAUCGGGCCCUGCUCGACUCAUCGAGCGACAUGAAACUCCCGGAAGUGGUCUUGGCCGAGCAACUCCUACAGAACGCCAGGAUCACUGAUGAUCAACGACUCAUGGUUCGCACUGCCCUCCAAGGGAAGCUAAUUUUCGACUCGGUGGCCCAAGAGUUGGUGAACCAACAUCCUCGACUACAUGAACGCGAACGUUUUCCUUACAAAGGAAAGAAAGGUUUUGGAAAGCACCACGGACGACCGAAGGGAUACUUCCACGCCUCGCACGCCUACUGGACGGAGCAGAACGACCAGGACUACUUCUACGAUGACGAGUACGCAAUGGGCUACCUGGCCGAAGAGUAUGCGGAGGACGGCUACGUGGAGGAGAACUACAUGGCCGACUACGAAGAGCCGGACGAGUUGGACUUCCAAGCGGACGCCCUGGCUUACAUGGCAGAGCAAGGGCUGAGCCUGGAGGACUACGACUCUGCUGAGUAUGCGGCCGAGAUGAUCCAGAUUGAUGCCGAAGGGUACUUUGCUGGAAAAGGAGCUGAAGAAUCGGACGACCUGCCGACGCUGUGGGGCGACUGGACACUGGAGCUCAGACAGACGUUCAACCAGAGCCUGCCGCAAUGCUCGCUUUACGACGUGAACCUGGCCGAGACAACCAACCUAUCGGUCAACUUCCUCUUCAGCAUCAUGGUCACGGUGGACAAGCUGUUUCUCAGGGAUGGCUACUUGGACCACCGCCUGUACCUCAUCGACAUCAUGCAGAACAGGGACAUGGACAAGAGGAAGCAACAUCCCAGCCGUCUACGUCGCAAUGGAGCAUUGUCCAGGCUGAGCAGAGACCUCUGUGGCUGGAUGGAAGUCCGGUUGGAGGCGACGAUGAUGCCGAUGUCGAGAUGGAUCGACUUCUACGUGAACAUGAGCGUGAACAUGGGCGGCAAGCGCGAGAUGAGAGCUCACGAGUGCAGGAACCUCCAAUGCCCCAGACAUCACCUUCGACGUCUGCUGCACCACAACCAUCUGUUGCCCCGACGACUGCACGCCCUUCCUGUGCCCACACAGAGACGACUUCCGUCGGCUCGAACCAGUAUCAGCGUGUCGUGCGUUGCAAGCGAUGUGGCUUGGUGUUGUCCCGCACGAAGAAGGAUGUCGGACAGGGAGAGACCACUACUACGACUACAGCAGCCGCGACACAGCCACGAUGUUCCCAUCACAACAUUUCGUGGCGUGGAUCCAAUGGGAGCCGCUGGAAAAGCACUUGUCUGGAUUGCGGACACCAAGAAUCCGGAGAUCGCGAGACACCAGCUGGACAUGGGACAGAACCUCAUCGUGAUUCGCAGACAGUGGACGAGGAGGAGAGCUACUACCUCGACAGAGAGACCGCGCUCCAGAUCCUUCAGGACUUCCACAAUGUUGCGUCUGCUAGGACUUGAAGAAGGGCAACAGGUUCCGAGUAGCAGCUUUAUGCGAGCUCUUCGACAUGUCAUUGCACUACGUGCAUGCUGGAGCGACCGAGAUGCAUCCUCUGCAACGGCGAGCACGAUGGUGGCACAGGCCGCUGCCUCGACUACGACCACGCCGCAACAUGAUCGCCGGGGACGUAUUGCCAUUGAAGGCGCCAAGGUCAUCCCCUGCGGUAAGUACAAGGGCAAGACUCGAGAGUGCGCCUAUCAGGAUGCCGGGUAUCGCCGCUGGGUGCUUGACAAGAUCACCCCAGAAUCCCCUCCUGACAUGAAUGCCCUACGUGCUUACUUUGAAGAGCGCUUGGACGCUGAUCCCGGCCUGUUUCCUCAAGCGUACAUGGUCCUUUCGCAGGAACCUACUGGAGGAGAAGGAGACCUCAUCGCCAUUUUGGAUACAGGAUGCUCGCAGUCCUGUCACGGUGAGCUGUGGCUGCAACGAUAUGUGCAAGCCGCCGGCCAAUGCUUGCCAGCACUCGAGACCGAUGUGGGCCCUUCCUUCCAUGGCAUUGGAGGGGCAGUGCAAACGGCCGGCGUGCGAACAAUUCCGUUGGUGCUGGAGAUGAUCAAUGGACAGUAUGCCCAAGGCACCUUGCGCUCAGCAGAACUCCGAGGAAGUCAUGCGCCACUGCUGCUCGUCUCCUCCAGUGCGGGAUUCUCGGCCAGAAGUCCAAGAUGA